CUCUGCGCAUGCGUGGAAGGGGGCACGACAGGUACACGUGACCUCCCGUGCCGGUUCCCCUCAGCACCGGAUCCCCCCCGGUCCCGGAUCCAUCCCCGGUCCCGGGGGUCCCGUUGGGAUGCUGGAACAGGGAUUCGAGCGUAUUAAUGCUGGGGCACUGCUGCGACCUGGGAGAUCCGCACACUGAGAGCCGCCGCUGGCUCCCGAAAGSCUCCAGGCCGCGCUGCCCCAUCCCUUGGCCUGGCCGGGGACACGGAGUGGGCUGUCGGGUGUCUCAGUCCGUGCAGAGGCCAUGAAGAUCAACCAGGACACGGUGCUGCGAGGACAGAAGGUGACGCUGGUGCCCUACACCGCUGCCCACGUGCCCCGGUACCACCAGUGGAUGCAGUCGGAGGAGCUGCAGCGCCUGACAGCCUCGGAGCCCCUCAGCCUGGAGCAGGAGUAUGAGAUGCAGCGCAGCUGGCGGGAUGACGCYGACAAGUGCACCUUCAUCGURCUGGACGCGGGGCGCUGGCCUGGGCAGGAGGAGGAGGAUUCCAUGGUGGGGGACGUGAAUCUCUUCCUCACCAAUGCCGAGGACCCGACUGUGGGCGAGAUUGAAAUCAUGAUUGCAGAGCCCAGCUGCCGUGGCAGAGGGUUUGGCAAGGAGGCGACUCUGCUGAUGAUGGCAUACGGAGUGAGAAACCUGGGGAUCACCAAGUUUGAGGCUAAGAUUGGUCAGGACAAUGAAGCCAGUAUCUACAUGUUCAAAAAGCUUCACUUUAAGGAGGUGGCUGUGAACAGCGUUUUCCAGGAGGUGACGCUGAGGCUGGAUGUCAGUGACCAGGAGAGACGGUGGCUCCUGGAGCAGACAARCCACGUGGAGGAGAAGAGCUACGCUGAACUGAAACAGCCGGCUGGGGUGCUGGACACCUGACAGACACAUGCAGGCUUUCCAGGGAGAUGCUGGAUGUUAUUGCAAGGUCUGGGUGUGGGGGACACCAGUGAGUGAGCAAUGAUUGCACUGGAGCUGUUUUCAUCUGUCUCCUUCAGCUGCUUUGUCAUCUUGUCAACUUUGCACUUUGCUGCGCCAGCCAGGAUUACUGUCUGAAAUUUGGACCGGGAGAACAGACACUAACUCACAGGUUUGGCUAGGAAUGAUUGUAACAUCAAUGUGCUGUUCCAGCAGAGCCUAAAAGCACCAGCAGUUGAUUCCUGGACAGGCAGAAACUUCUGUCAGUGCUCUUAACUGAGGAUUUUUCAGAGAGGAAGUCUCAUAUACUGGCAGCUCUGUCUUUUUACUCUUGAAUAAAAGAAAAUCACGAAGAUUUGAGUGUCUGAGCACCAUGUGGGGCUCAGCUGCUCACYUUGGCUGCUCAAAGAGUGAUUUAGAAGUUGUAAAGCAUAGCAGAGGCUCUUUAUAACCAAUUUCCUGAGGUUUGGUGGGUUGCAGGGGAGCACUGCUGGGUCCUGGUAGGGAGAAUCCCAGAUGUGGCUGAGCACAACUGAAGGGCGAGUUAAUAUGAUGGAAAUUGUUGAUAUUGGGUGAUCGAGGCUAGAGCUGAGCCCCACCACGAUGAGGGGGCUGAGAGCYGCAGGAGCUCCUGAGACAAACCCCSUUGAGCUUCAGGAAAACUCRGGCCAGCAGUGAAGGGAUGUUCCACUUCAUUCUCCCUGACUACUUUGAUGAAAGCCAGGAGGAGAACCCACAGAAAGGAGACAGCUCCUUUCUUCCAGCAGCUCAGGACUUGCUCUGCUGAGCCUGGAGGCUCCAUUUGCUGCUCUGCACUAAGAUGAUUGUGGGGGAAAUGUGUCMCAUUGGGGCAGAUAUAUUUAGGGCAGGAGUUAUCCAGCCUCUGCUGCAGCAGAUCUGAGCUCUGUGGAUGAAAAAGAGGCRCUUGCCUGACUCCCACUGGACAAAGUUUCCUGUGCAGUUACUCAGCCUGACCUCUCCUGCCCUACACACACUGUCCACCACAGGGAAGCUGCUAAGAUGAGAGGGCAGAAGGUAAGAAGGAUAACUGAUGCUCCUGUGUGUUUUUCCACUGUAAUAGCAGCUGUAAUGGCUAAUCCUAGACCAGAAAUUAUGUGUUUCAGUGAUUCAGGAUCAGGUAAUAACUUUCAGAUUUGCCCAGGGAUAUUUUUAUUGGAGAUGAGCAGUCUGUGGAAUUUUUAGUGUUGCUGUGCCUGUAUUUUUAGGGCCUGGGGGCUUUGGUUUUCCAAUUUUAGCUUAUUUAAAUACACGAUUUGUGUGACUAAUAUUAAAGCCAAGCGUGGGAACAGUGUAUCAUGGCAUUUUAAACAACAAGUAUUUAGUGUGGAUUUAGUUGCAGGGAAAGCUUUGUGUGGUAAUAAAGGGAAGAGCAGCUCUACUUCCCGCURGGAUUACCAUGACAAGGCUACUAAUCCUCCUGCUCCUCGUCACCUGUUCCAGGCAGGAGUGGAUUCUGUCCUCCAGAACAAGAUUUGCAGAACCUGCUGGGUGAACUGCUGGCUCUGCUGCUCCUUCCGUGGAGCGUUUCAUCCCUCUGCCAGAGGAGCAAGGCCAAACUGGCAGGAGAGACGUAGCUGGGCUGGGAUUUGCUUCCCUAAAACCCUGCUAAGGUGGGAAAAAUAAUUUCCUGUAACCUCUGCUGGCCGGGAGAAGGGGCAGGGUGGUUCCUGUGGCAGCUCGCCGUGCCCAGCUGGUUGCUCUGGAGCCAGCGAGGGCCCCGUUGGCAUCCCCGGUCCCCGGCAACGCCGGCGCUGCCCCGGCUCCACGGGCGGCUGGGAACAGCCUUUCCCUGGCAACCCAAAACAAAGUUGGGUCUGUCCCGGAGCUCAGCCCGCCCCAAAGGCUGGGGGAGGAAUCCCGGCAGGGCUCAAACGGGGUUCCCACAGAGAACCAGUCCCCAGCUGCUCUGACCAGGCCAAGAGGCAAAAGAUGCUGCUGGGACCCACUGGGUGC